AUGUCGACCGUCGAUAGUUGGCCCACACGCGCCGACCUCUUCUACGUCACCGUUAGAUUCUACGGCCAUCUUUUCUGCGAACAAGACGCGGCGUAUCGGUUUCUUACCACGGACGCGACAACGUACCAUCCAGCGAUUUUCAAGCCAGACGACCAAGGCGACUACUUCGCCUGUCUAAGAUCUGACGGUGUACUAGCCGAACACACAGCACUUGACCUCAACAGUGUACCCAGCAACGUCGGCGACGCUCCCGUAGCAGCGUAA